CCGAGUAUCUCAAAACUGAGAUAUUAUCUAAUCUUAUGAAAUGAUAGGUUUGGCCGGAAACCAGCUGUGCUAUUUAAAUCCAUAGAACAAUUUUAUAUAAUUGGAUUUUUGUUCGUUACGUUACCUUAUAGCAACCUAUAUCCACCGCAUUACCAGGCAUUCUUGUUUAGAUAUUAGUCACAGGAAAACUAGAUCGCAUACCGUUUCAUCGCUGGAGCGUCACUUUCAAAGCUGAUCAUCAAUAGUACCACAUUUUCAAGUGAAUGCGUCCCGUGUUGUUAAGCAAAGGGUCGAGUUACGAGACUACAUUUGCCAAAAUAAAAAGGUAAAUGAUCUGUGAUGGACUGCUUCAGCGUUUAUCACUCCGCGGCGCCAUCUUGGCUUGGUGUGGAGUCGCAUUACCAACAGUGAGCAAAGUCAUUCAGCUCGGGAGGGAGCCCCGCAGCGUGUUCAAGUUGCCGCUGCUCGACUUGCUCGCGUGAUCAAGUAAUCAGUACUCUGAGGAUCAGUCUGCUUUGUAAACCACGACGCACCUAAAGGAACUCGAGCCAAAGACCCAACGCCGAAGGAUAACAGCGGCGGACGACAGAACCUUGUGAUAGUUGUUGGUGUUCGUCAAGUGAGUGCUGGUGGUUCGUGUUGUUGGUGUAGUGCUGCUGGUUGUGAGCCGUGAGCCACUGGCCCGGCUAUCAGUGCUGUGUACAACCGUGAAGUAAAAUUUGGUGCACUGGAGGUUCGUCGCCCUUGGUCCACCACGCAGCGUCCCGGCAGCGCCUACCGCAAGAUGCCGCGAUCGCCGCCCCCGGACCAUCAUCGAUCGCGGCAUCGCGGUGACCCUUACGCUGACCAUCCUGGUUACCCCGGCCACCAAAGCCACCAACCGCCACGAAGCAAAAGCGGCUACGGCAGCUAUCGAAUCCUGUUGGCCAGCAAUCUUAACUACAAAGUGAACGACAGCCUGAUGCGGCAAGCGCUCGAGGAUGAGUUUGGUCGAUUCGGUGACCUGACUGUUAAGCUUAGCCAGGAGGCGGGCGAGCGUGUAGCGUAUCUGUAUUUUCGAAGCUACGAGGAAGCAAAGGAGGCCCGGCACGCCAAGUCCCGAAUGAUUCUGUUUGACAAGCCUAUCCACAUUGAGCCUAUCGUCGAGGAGCCGGCGCCAAGACGUCGACGAACGCCCAGCCCCCCAAUGGAUUACCGGGGGAUGUCGCCCAUGGGACGACGGCGGCCUCCUAGCAUGGAUCGUAUGCCAAUGUAUCAUCACAGAGGGGACCAUCAUCACGGAGGACCGCCUGGACCGCCGCCGUUUCGUCGAGGAGAAAAAAAAGAGAAGUUUCCUAAUUAUCUUCACCAUAUUCCACCUGAAGAUGAUGACAAAUCGACACGAACGUUGUUUGUCGGAAAUCUCGAGGUAACAAUUAGCGAAGCGGAACUACGGCGUCUCUUCGAACGUUACGGUAUUGUCGAAGACAUCGACGUGAAACGACCGCCCCCCGGUCAAGGUAACGCGUACGCGUUUAUCAAAUUCCUUAAUCUCGAUAUGGCUCACCGCGCAAAGGUUGAGUUGUCUGGCCAAUACAUUGGCAAGUUCCAGUGCAAAAUUGGUUACGGCAAAGCCACCCCAACGACACGCAUCUGGGUCGGCGGUCUAGGAGCUUGGACCUCCCCCACACACCUUGAGCGUGAGUUCGAUCGCUUUGGUGCCAUUCGUAAGAUCGAUUUUGUCAAGGGUGAGAGUCACGCGUACAUUCAGUAUGAUUCAAUUGAUGCCGCGCAAGCCGCCUGUCAGGAGAUGCGUGGGUUCGCCCUUGGUGGACCAGAUAAGCGCCUCCGGGUAGACUUCGCUGAUCCUGGUAGCUACUCGUACGGGAGCGGAGGAGGCGGCGGCAGUGGUGGAGGUGGCGGAGGCUAUCCUAACGGGACCAGCCCGGGUGAAGAAGGCUAUCGACAGGCUCGUCGACCACCUGACGAAGGCUACUAUGGCGGUCGGGAAGAUGGCGAGUAUUCAAACGGAGGACGGAAGAGGCCACACACACCUGACAAUGGUGAUUCGAAGUACGGGAAGUACCGAACUGGUCGAGCGGGCUCAGCUUCACCAGACGUCAAACGCGCACGUUCCUUCUCCCCGAAGGACCUUCUUGAUAAGGAGCACAGCCGUAUCUCAAUCGCCGAUUCUGUGGCGUCGAUCUCCGAGCUGGCCAAAUGUUGUGCGGCCGCGUGGAACGGCUGCCUUAUCCUGAAAAGUUCGUCGUUCAGCACCAAGAUGUUACUUUGCUCCGGGGACUCUGCCUUGGUGGAACAGUUGAUUAAGACGCAGUGUCUGCGCAUCACUCAGCGCUUGCGGCUUGAUCAGUCGAAGCUAGAUGACGUCCAGAAGCGUGUAUCAAGCGCCGGCCCCGAUGGCAGUUGCAUUUUGCUUACGCUGACUGGCAGCGGCGCGGUGCCGGCUGAUGCCGGCGAUGUACAGGCCAGGCCACUGAAGAAUCUCGUCAGUUAUUUGAAGCAGAAAGAAGCGGCCGGCGUCGUCCCAUUGGCCGUCAAAAGCAAAGAUACGAAGACCGAGAAAGAACUUGCCGCCCCAGCUGUACUUUAUGCGUUUCCGCCAUGUGAGUUCGCGUUUGAUCUUCUCAAGAAGGUUGCACCCAACCUAAGCGACGCCACUAACCAGGGCAAGGACGAUUACCUGGUUGUCGUCGUUGUCAAGGGGCAAUGAAUGAAUCGGUGAUGCAUGGCUAAGCAUCUGAAAGGCCACGACUACUACUUUAAGCGCACUUACGGCUCUAAUUAGCUAAUAUCAAGCAAUUGCUUUUUCACAGCUCAGUGAUCAUCGAUAACAGCUAGAAUAGAACUGAAAUGUAUCGAACUAAUUGUUUUUUCGAUUGAAUAGGUGUUGUUUGUGCUGAGCUAAUGUUGAAAGCAGUUGUUUGCUAUCAGCUAAUUGCCAGCGCCGAAAGGUUAAGGACUGGCCGGAGCGGUAAACUACAACAAUAGCAGCAACUCGACAGCCAUAACAUAAUUAAUACGAUCUAUAAAUAUACAUAUAUAUAUACAAUACGUAUAGCAUAGAAAAUUACAUUGGGAUGUAGGUGCGUAUUAUUGUCGUGGAGGGAUCUAAUAAUAAGCUAUGCCAAAUAGUGCAUAGCUUUUUGAGGCAUAUGGGACAUUUUUGGGAAGACGACAAUAAGGAUAAAGCGACUUUUCAAGGAAAAAGCAUAAAUUACAGUGCGUAAAGAAAGGUCUUGCGAAGAACAAUGUCCAGUUGAGCAUGUAGCGUAUACAAGUACAUAUAUACAAUAACAACAAUAGUAGUUUUUGACAGCGAGAAGUUAAAGGUAUGGAAGAGUUACCGAAAUAUGGAACUUCUAAACGAGCCUCUUCCCGUAUUUUGAUUUUGCUUGGGACGUUGAAGAUGUUAACAAUGUGUGCGGCGUACAUCAUUUUGUUUGCCCUUUAGCUGCAACCCUACAAUACAAUUGGCAACCACGUUCAGCUGAUCACUACUACGUCUUACUGUAAAUCAGAAACAAUAAAGAAAUACGACAAGACAACAAAAUAACAAAAACAGCGACGGCAAACGUAAACGAACAAGCAGUAACAAAAUUAGUGACUGUAAUGACGCAUUGUAUUCAUGUAAUUUUCCCCUCCCUCAGUGCAGCAACGUGGAUGCAAAUUUAUACUUUGGACAGUAAGGUUCAGAUGAUUAGGUUCCCCAUAUCUGGGUAUAUAUUGUACCUUCAAGUAUAUGCCAUAUAUAUCGUACAUGUUUAGUAUAUGAUAAGAACAAGAAUAUAAUAUUAAAGUAAUGUUGGUGAAAUUGUGCAUAAAAAUGUGUGUUGUGUUGUGAUUGUGCAUCAAGUACCAGUGGCAUGAAAAUCAACUCUACACUACUGCGACAACCUGUGUGUGCUUAGGCUGUGGUGGAUCAAAGCAGUGGUGACAUGAAAUGGAAAAAAAAGUAAAUUUCGUGGUGGUGAAAGUUCACGUGACGCGUGGCAAGCUCGUGUCGUCUGCCGCUAAUGGUGGUGUUAUGAUGUUUGUGUCUGUUCAGUUCUAAAUUCUAAGAAGUGUGUUUUGUGGUGAAUCUACAAGAAAUGCAGGUUGAUACAGAAAAAAAAAAACAAGGGUUGGGGUGUUGGAUAUAGUGGGAGGGGCCAGUGCUUAAAUUCUUCUUCUGUGCUUGAUUGGCGGUAGUGUGGUUGGCAGAUGCCAAUAACAGCGCGAACAAGUGACCUCCCUUUAAGUACCCAUCGCCGUUCCCAACGCGUUGUACCUAGGAUGAUAUAUAUUCCGUGUGUUUUCUCCGAGUGUCUUUGUGUGACGUGGCAGUGCCGUUUCCUUGCAAAUUAGAACCAAUCAGUCGGUGAAUCAGCCUUCAGUGUAGCUUUUGCGUGUACUACACUUAAACACAUAUAUAUAUAUAUAUAUAAUAUAUAUUAUAUAUAUAAUAUAUGUGUGUGUGUGUGUGUGUGCGUUCGAAAUUGUUCUACCACGCUCCCAAUUGCCCAACUUGGAAAAUUGGCCUCGGCUUACAAAAAAAAGAAAGAGAGAAAAGCCCCUCCCACUACAAUAUAAAAAAAACACAUUCGAUGUUGCGAUUGUGUAAUGAAAAAAUAAUUGAUGCUGACGAUUCCUGUGUUUUCAGCGAAUUGGAAUGCUUAAUAUUUUGUGUGAAACGCAACCACGGCGGCGGUGAUUCGUGUAAUGGCUGGAUCAAUUCUCCGUCAGUGCUUCUUCUGUUGUUUUUUCUGCUUCUGCUUCCUAAACUUGCCCGUAUAAUCUACCCAUUCCCUUCGAGGUUCCUCCCAUUCACAGACGUCAAUAAAUCUAUUCCUCUUGGAGGAUUGUCAGGUGCUGUCAGUGUAGCGAUUUUACGAAGGGCGAGUGUGCUUAGUGUGGUGAUAUUUAGUGGAUCCAAUUAGCGAUGUUUGUUAUAUUACCGGAGGCGCGUAUUAUUUAUUCUUCAUCAAGGUCAUAAAUGUCAUCGACAUCAUUAUCAUCAUCAACUCAAAUCAAUAUCAGAUCGAGCUGCGUCAGAUGGGAAGCUUUAGGUUUAUCGAUAUCAUGGAGAUGAAACAUCGACGAGGGUGGUUGGCUGGCGGAGAACGUGGCGUGACUGUGGCAGGCAAAUUGUCUCAAAUUGUGUUGCUCUUUGAUAUGGGCUACGGUGUCCUUGUAGUGUACCUGUGUGCAAAACUGACCCUAUCAACGAAUCGGGAGAGGCUUGCAGGAGCGAGCACUGGGAGUUCGUCCGUUUCUCAGAGGAGCGCGCCUUCGGAGGCCUUUGGAGAUUGAGCAAGGACGAGAAUUUCGGUCUCUCCUUCUCGACAGAGACAGAGUUGUCCACUUCUAAAUCUACCAUACUCGUUAGCAUAUUAUUAUUACACUAUCAAAGAGUGAAUUGAAUGUUUUAUGAAAUUGGCAUAGCUAAUAAGUCUCUCGAUCUCCUGUUUCAGUUGUCCUGAAAGGUCCUUGUGCAAUACAUUUACUAUACACAGAAACGAAAUUGUCCAUUUUCUCCAAUUGCUAACAAGCUCUCGUUCGAUUUCAGUUUGAUGUGGUUAGAGUUCAGUGCACUACUUUGUCUCGGAAAUUUUUACCGGAAGGAAUCGUGGUGUUUUUUGCCGUGAUUCGUGUGUGCAUAUGGUUCUUCUCUUAAUGGUAUAGUCUGCAAGCAAACAGUGGGUGGUAAGCAUAGACGUGUGUUAUUUGUGUGCACUCUGUGCCCUGAAAUGUGUGUGAGUGUGUGUGUCACGUUGGACGGAGCACAGUCUUUUAUUAUAUGCUAAACCUCUGGCUUUAUUUGUGUGGAGGUGAGCGAAGGCCUCAACAAGGCCCGCACCCCAGUUUCAGUGCUCUAGUGCUUCCGCUGACAAAUAAUGCAAAAUGAUAGUGGGGAAAAGUCGACGAAAGGAAAAUUAGGUGAUAUGUGCAGCGCGCGCUCUCAGAGCAAGUGUGUCCUUUGUGUGUCUUGUGAGCAGUGCAGCAGUUUUAUCAGUAGCAGAAAACAUCAGACAAAAAAAAGUCCGUAAAUCUUCUCUUAGUGGCCCUGUUUAAUCAAGAAGCAAGAGACAAGGAAGUGUGCUAUAAUUUUACAAGUGAUUCACAUAAUACGAUACCAGUGUAGGUGGACGGAGUAAACUAUCCGUGUUAAAGGUGAAGGAGGAGAAACAUUCGGUGCAGAAGCAGCAAGAGCGAACAAUUUACAGUGAAACUUUAUCAAACAAAAACGAAGCAGGGACUAUGAACAUAUAUAAAUAUAAAAAAUAUAUAUAUACAUACAUAUAUAUAUAUAUAUAUAUAUAUAUAUAUAUAUAUAUAUAUAUAUAUAUAUAUGUAUGGCUGCAAAAUGAGCAAGUGAAUGCAAAUAAAGCCCUGCAUCAUUGUAUAAAAUUGAUUUAAAUAGC